CUGGGACGCCGAGGACAAGGCAGGGAGGGUGUCUCCGCUGCCGGGGAAGAGAUUUUUUUUGGCCGUCGUCGUCGUUGCUGCUGCUGCUUGUCGAUACAGAAAAGGUGGAAAUACAGCUGAUAUUUUAAGGCAGUGUAGGAGCUGGAGAGGACCGCAGAGAGGAUUUAGACUGAGUGUUUUCUAUACAGAUGGCUCACACUGGUAACCUCUACAGUCAUUUUGGAAUAUCAGCAGCUCUGAGGAUUACUGCCGGACGAGUGGAUCAAAUCUCCUGAACCGCCAAUCCUUCCUCAUGAGGAAAGAUGGGGAACGGAUUGUCAGAGCAACCUAGCCUCCUCUCGAGCAUCCCGUUCUUUCAGUCGUUUCACAUCGCCAUCCUCGGGUUGGACUCCGCUGGGAAGACCACCGUUCUGUACAGACUGCAGUUCAAUGAGUUCGUGAACACGGUGCCCACCAAAGGUUUCAAUGCGGAGAAGGUCAAACUGUCUCUCGGAGGCCACAGGACUGGGACAUUCCACUUCUGGGACGUAGGCGGCCAGGAGAAGCUUCGCCCGCUGUGGAAGUCGUACACACGAUGCACAGACGGCAUCAUAUUCGUGGUGGACUCCGUGGAUGCGGAGCGCAUGGAGGAGGCCAAAACAGAGCUCCAUAAAAUCGCCAAGACCUCCGAGAACCAGGGGGUGCCCCUGCUGGUGGUAGCAAACAAACAGGACUUGAGGCACUCACUGGGACUCGCCGAGAUCGAAAAAUUGCUGGCGUUGAAGGAACUGGGCCCUGCAACGCCGUGGCACCUGCAGCCAGCCUGCGCCAUCAUAGGAGACGGACUCAGGGACGGCCUGGAGAGACUCCACGACAUGAUCCUCAAACGGAGAAAGGCUCUCCGGCAGCAGAAGAAAAAGAGAUAAACUCGUCAGACUCGUCCUGCUGUUAUAUGUGAAGAAAACAAAGGAUAAUUCUCCCCGCGGGUGGAUCAGGUCCAGAUUGAACAUACUGAGUUUUAUCAGUCCACAAUUGAGAUUUUAGGAUUCCCGAUCUUGUGAUGAAGCUGUUCAGGAAGUGACACAUGAAAGGAAUACAGUAUGAAGAUGAGAAAGUUGCAGACAUGUGUGGAUGUGCUAUAAAGAGUUUAAAAGGAUUUAAAAAAGCACUGAGGGUUCGGGGUCUGGAUGGGUGAUAGAAGUUAAGGAUACUGUAUGUUUCAUGAAUGGCUAAAGGCUGUUCCACACGAUAUUACCAAAAAUAAUUUAAGAAAAGUCUUUUACGAGUUGGGGAGAUAUUUGGUAAAUGAUUAAACAUUGUCACACCAGAGGGGCGAUGAAAUAUACAUCUCUUUUCUAUGUUAUUAUACCAUGUUCUUUUUUCUUUUUUUUACACUGGACUUCCUUUGUUAAAGAAAAAGUAUUACCAUGCAUAUUAUCGAUUUGUUUGCCGGCUUGUAUCACUGAUUUUUUUUAAAAAGCACUUUAGAUUAUCACUUCAUAUGAAGUUUACAGUUUUUAAAUAGAUCUUAUUGUGUUGAAAAUGUUUGGGGCAAAAUACAACAGACGCUACUGUAGUUGUAGACCGGGUCAUGUUUUGCUUAAUAAAAGAUAUUUAGAGCAACGUCAA